AUGAAGCCGGGUCCAGUUAUAGGGCCUUUUAUUUUUACCUAUUGCGUGUUACAAAGCGUUUUUCAGUAUUUUACAGGAAAAUGUAGUGAAAAAAGGUAAGAAAGUAGUUAGUCGCUUUUCUUUUGAAGACAAAGAAUUUAUUUUUUCGCGGUUCGAGUUAACAUCAAUUUCAAGGCCAACUUAGAUGAGACGCGUGUUGAUCAGUUUCAAUAAUCCAACGAGGACAACUUACUGAAAAGCUUAAACAGUAGAAAGAGAACAACUAUUCAUGAAACAGUCGACAGAAAAAAGAAAUAGUGAAAAAAUGAACAGUUUUAGACAUUUCUUGUGCUAACUUCUGGGCUAGUUGAAAAAAAAAACGCACUUCGUGAACUAGGGAAUUUUGUUGCUUUAGCUCUUACAAAAUCACAAUUUAAUAUUUAGAAACUUGUUUUUAUGUCAGAAAGAUCGUUUAACUUUCGGUAAAAUAUUAUUUUUUUUACUAGUGGUAUUUACUGUAAGUUGUCUGUUUUGGAAAACAAAAAAAAUCGUCCAUGGCAACCGUUUGUAACAAUCGUGGUGCUGACCUAAAGGAACGUAGUGUUUGCAGGAGUCCGGCUUCACUUUGGUCAGCAGCUGAGACGCAACGUCGUUGCCAGUCGUCCUCGGUAAUUUUCGUUUGUGACGUCAUCUGUCAGUCUUGUCCGAAUAUUGCCCUCCGUUCCAAGCCUCCUCGUUUUACUUGGAGGGCACGAACUAGCCUGAGGACGAGGCUAGCUAAGGUGUGAAACAGGAGUGCGCGUGCUGCCUCACGCAAGCAAAUAACUGAUAACUGAAUUAAUUUUCAAUGAUUUUCACUUUCUCAGUGCGAGUACAAGACAUUUUGAGUGCAUAUGCAUUAAAUAUUGUAUUCGAAACUUAAAGCUAUUUCAUAUGAAGUAUAAUCUGUAGCUAAUUGUGUUUUAUCUAUUUUUAUCAUCAGAGUUGUUUCAACGGGUGAAUCUGAAAUUAAAGAAGUAACUGUAGAACCAGAGAAAAAACAAAAGGAAAGUCAAAAAGUAUGUUUACUGCUUGUUAGUUAUGAACGACCUACUUCAAGUUAUUCUCGCAAACAUGUUUUUGUGUCAUUUGUGACUGUGAUGUGGGCCUGUCUCCAAUGAGGCUUAGAAAUAUCGACGUUUUUCUUUAAUAUUUAUGAGGUUUUUGGAACUUUACAGUCGAACACAAGAAGUAAACAAAAUGAUUAUGAAAGCAGUCGAUAUCAGUUUUUGUUAACCUUAUGUUUAGCUAAUAACCUACAUUUUUAGCAAAAACUGCACAGUUGACUGUCUUUUACGGAGCGCAAAUGACAACUUUCAGAUAGAAGGUUUUCAAGGCCUUUUUCAGCUGUUACAGAAAUCUCUGGUGCACAAGAUGAAAACCUCUUUGCAUGUUGUUUAUAUUAACUCAGUCACAACUAAAAAUGUAUUAAUUUUAUAUUUGAGGGCCACUGGUUAUUCUGUUGAAGUACUGUCCCGUGUUACCCUCUUUAAAUAAAGUUGAUUAUUAUUGAAGUUGGUUAUUUGUGCAAUAGACUAGAUAAGAAAAUCUAAAAGAGAAAACCACAGGAUUAAGUAACCAUUACGGUGUUUGAAAGCAUAUCAUUUAUUUUCUCUCUUAUCCUCUCUUGAAGUUUCAUUAACAAAACUAUACACCUUCAAGUUAUCAUAGUAAAUCGCCAAGUCCCGUUCAAGACUCCUUUCAUAGUCAUAACUUAUUUCAUCCAUCUUGAUUGACUAGUGCCCUGUAAAACGAAGAAGAUCACAAGAAAGCAACUUAAAGGAUAUUAAGAGAAAGAAAAAAAGAAGGUCGAUCUCUUUAUACAAUCUUAAAAGCAUCUUUUCCAUUGGAGAGGGAGCCUUUGGGAAGGUAAGGGACUGUCAGAGGGAAUAAACAGUUAUCUCAAACAAUUCGUAAAAUCUCAUAUUAAUGUUAUACAAAAUUGUGAGUACCCUGAGCGGCGAGGAUCUCAUUGUCAGAAAAAGGGAUUCAUUAAUUAGUCGAUAAAUUAAUUAAAUAAAUAAUUUAUCUAUUAAUUUAUUGUAAAGCAUGAUGAAAGAAGUUGAAAAGCCCUGUUUUCUUUCUUUUGUUUUGCUAAGUGUACGCUCUUUUAAUAACCAUUUUUCAAUUUAAUUAGAGAUCAAAGGUGCACAUAAUAUAGACUGUGUAAUUCCUUCUUUCUGCAACAAGUGGAUGAUCUCUGGGAAUAAUUUUCGAGUAAGGGAGUACAGUGGAACCUCGAUUUAACGAACCUCAAUAUAACGAAGUUCUCGGUAUAACGAACGAUUUUCUUCAGCCCGGCCAAAAUUACAGUAAUUUCCCCUGUCCCUUUGCACUUCGUUAAAUCGAGGUUCCACUGUAACAUGAGUUCUUUCGAACCCCACUGGGAUUGAACUAAAAAAGGCCGGCAAGACCGCGCCUAUCAACCGCUCCAUCUGAAAGCGUGUCCUAUUCCAAAAUACCUGUCAAUUUUUUAUAGGUUCGUCUUUGUGUGGACCGUCGCACCAAGAGGCAAUACGCGGUAAAGCAGAUAAUUGAACCUGACCCAAGCAGUGUGGAGGAGAAAGUAUUGAGCCUCGCCUCGUCCAGUCCUUUCGUAACAAGACUUUGUGAAGAGGUUGAGAACCCGGUAUGAUACUUUUAAAAUUUUCUCAGAAAAUUUUUAAUCCUUCCCAUCACCGCUAAACAACCCAACGCCCCCUCGGUAAAUAUGAAGCAAAGAUGAGCGCCAGUUAAAGCAGGUGGACAUUUGAACAUCUUGACGAUCUUUCAGGAAAAUAGGGGACUGUAAUCCUUCCGAUAGAAUUUGUAUAGGUAAUAGCAUGAUUUGUAGUGAUAUUUGGCAUAAAUACCGCGAGUGAUAUCACGUACAAAUUAUGUUAUUAUUUGUUUAUACUACUAACCGCAAAAGUUUUGCAAUUAUCACAUUUAGGUAUUUCAAAUUAAGCUGAAAUACCACUGCUCUAAGCCAAUCAAAUUGCAGAAAUUUCCCCAUAGUAGUAUAAGGUGUAUUAUACCUGUGCUAUUUUUGAAAUGGCUACACUGUGUGUUUCUCUCUGUGUCUCAUUAUUCUUACUUAUAGCCAAUAACGUAAAAAAAAGUAUGUUUGGGUCAACUAAUACUUUCUUCAUAUGUUCAUGUUAAAGUAUCCAGGACAUUUUAUUAUCUUGGAAUACAUCGAUGGAGGAGACCUCGGAACAGACUUGAAUCACCAGGGAUGGUAUAGCGAACCUCAAACAAGGUAAUGAUACUUCUAUCAAAGUUUUCGAGCAACGUUUAACAAAACAGUCGCUUAAGUGACAGUGAGAUAAAACAGGACAGAAUUUAUCACAUUUGGUCAAGUUUUGCCGUGGAACGAAUACCAAGUAAAGAUUUAGUAAUACGCGUGCCAUUGGUACUGGGUUAAAAUCAUCGUAAAUUACUCCGCUUGACACCACUGAUCUUUUAAUAACGACUGGCUCUAUCAAUUGAGUUCUACUCAAUAACCUUACAAAGUUGAACUGAGGAUGCACCAAUCAGCAAAAAAAAUAAUUCUGUCGAAAGAUCAGUGAUCAAAACAUGCCUUCAUCUCACAUACGCUUACCCAGUUCAACACAGCGUUAAUUGCAGUUUUUUUUUAGGAAUUGUACUGUGCAAACCAUUAGCUUUUGUGAGGUCAUUUAUUUAUCAUGGUAGUGAGACCUAGUAUAUUAAAACAUCCUAUUACUCUUUGUUUCUUAGGUUUUACUCGGCUGAGAUGAUUGUUGGGUUGGAAUUUUUGCACAAAAAAGGUGUCAUUCACAGGUGAGAAGAAAUAUGAAAAGUACCCGAAAUCCACACUUAGACAUUAAUCUCGAUCACUUCAAGGUACAUCAUAUGGCAAAGAUAAAAAAGCAAUGGAUUGACGCUGUCGAGCGUUAAUUUAGCGGCCUCCUAAACCGCGGCCACCAGUUACCUACAUCGGGGCGGAAACUGACAAUUGUGAGCCGUAAAUCAUUGUAAAAGGAAGGUAAUGGUUUGCUGGAUCGUUUUGUAUCAUCACGACAGGGCUCGGCGUUCUGCACAGUCCUUGCAUGUGUGAAGAAAGUUGAUUUUACUGUUCUGUGGCUACUUAUCCCUUUCCCGAGAGCAGCAGCUUAAGAGAGGUUUGAUUGUGGUUAACUCUGGUCGCCUUGAAGAUUAUAUCACACCACUUUUGGCUCAGUUUACUUAACAAUCAAUGUCUCUAAUAUUCGUGUAAUUUUUAUUCAUCGUAUGACAGGGACUUGAAACCUGAAAACAUUUUGUUGACCAGAGGAGGGCACAUUAAAAUCAGUGAUUUUGGGCUGUCCGCUAUCAUCGACCCAGUUAGAGAGGAAAAGAUCACCAACCAAGAAUAUAUCGGGACACCUCUUUAUAUGGCUCCUGAGGUAAACCUUGAAACUGUAGACUUAAAAGAAUUUGUUUCAGCCACAAAGCAUUGGUUAAGCCCUGUGAAGAACCUAGUUUCUAAAUCAGCUUGUCGUGUAGCGACUUGGUCAAUAUCUAUUCUAUCCUAAUAUAGGAUCCAUUUCAGAACUACCGUCCAAAAUGUUAAUCAAUCAAUCAAUCAAUCAAUCAUUUAUUUCAACACGUUACGUCAAAGAGCUAAAAAAAACUCGUUCAAAAUACGAAGUAACCCCAGGAAAAUUGGACAGGGCUCUAACAAGGACAGACUAAUUAGAUCCUGUUAAGGCGGUGUUCUGCCAUUUACUCACUUAAUCAGUGCUGAUAUUAACGCUAAAACAAAUCUUUAUACAGGCUAUGAACUAUGGUGUUUUCUUGUACGAGAUAUAUACUUUAAUGUUACCUACACUGGAAUAAGAAAGAGCUGUUCAGUUUCCCAAAGCUGACUUUACAUUACAUCCACUCAUUAACACUAAAUCACCAACCUCGUAGUAAGAGCUUUUGCUAAGGAGAAGCUCGUCUUGGUUUCAUGGAUUAUCGUGCUGAUGUUAGCUUAGUGCAAGGUGUUAUUUGUUGCAGAUUAUUUUACUUGACCCGUACGACGCAUGUGUGGACUGGUGGGCGCUUGGAGUCAUGGUGUUUACGAUGCUCACUGGAAUGGUUUGUAUUUUACGUGAUUUUGUUCUUAACACGAAAAACGAUGAAAUCGAACAUAGAAUGAGACAGGGUGUAGUUCGGUGUUGGAAUUGACAAUUUUAAGAGCUUCAAAAUGACAAGGAACUCAAGCAGGGUAAAGCGGUUAAACCAGGAUACAAGUGCCAACUGUUAUCCUCUGUACUUCGAUUUAAAAUGUCAUACCAUGGUAAAAACGAGUAGGGGGUCUAUGACGAUAUAGUGUUGUGAUCUUUUAUGAUUAAAUUUAGAAGAGUGGUAAGUUCCUGCUUAAAAUAACAUCAACAGCUUCUGCAUUCGAGGACGACGACGAUGAUAAUACUGGGAGAUUUAAAGCAACGACGUAUAACGACGACAGGGGCGAUAACGUUUCUUAAAAAGUGAAGUCGCCCUGUUUCAAAAUUCAGCGCUCUUUUUCAUGUCGUUCAAUUGUCAGUUGUUGUUGAAUUUGUCUGGAAUUGAGCUCUUAAGUACUUUAUUUGUGUUCACGUCCUAAAACGUGAAAUCAGGAAAUUCCACGUCGUGGUCUGCGUGCGACGACGUCAGGGGAAUGUUUUGCUUAAUGAAACCUAUUGCUUUUUGCCGUUCUCGUCGCUUUCGUUGUCGUCGUUACUUAAGUUGCCUAUAUGAUGGUGAUCUUCGAAAUUGACAAUUUCAUCCUUUGUGUCUACAUUUUAGAUGCCGUUUGAUGCUGAAUCGGAGGAUGAGUUAUUCGAUUUGAUCGUUUCUGAAAACCCACAGCAACCGGACAAAGCCACAAUAGCUGAGCUUUCCACCGACGCCAUCGAAUUGUUUCUACAUGUAAGUGUCAAAUACAUGAAUCAGUUUUCGAGGCAGAGACAGGUUUCAGGUUAUGGUCAGAUAAAAUUCGACCUGGUGAAAUGCAAGUUUAAUUUAUAGUUACUCUUGGCUUUUGUCAAUGAGUGACAUUAGAAACAACAGUCCAGUGCAACGAGCAAAAUUAUUGCAGAUUAGAUAGAACUUUGCGCGAUUAAGUUUAACUUAGUGUAUUUCAGACGAACAAAGGUUGUUUGUUACCUUUCUUUGUUACAAUACACGUACCUAUCAAUUGUAAGUCAAUAACGAUAGAGGCAACACUUUUGACCGAAGCUUAAGCCCCCUGGUCGGGUCGUCCCCAUAAUGGCCCCAGCGGAAAGGGGUACCUUUUUCCGGCUUCAGGAAUAUGAAAGGGUAGAGAAAUCUGUUCUAUGUUCUAAUGAGUGGAGACUACAAAUAUCAGACUAAAUCCAAGCCAACGUUGACUUCUGUUACGCAGUACCAUAAAGACAUAACAUUUCAAUAAACAAAAAUGUGUAAGUUCAUAUCAAAUACCGAUAUUACAAGACAUCUUACAUUUUUUUAUGUUCCCAGUUACUAGAGAAAUAUCCGCGAGACCGUCUUGGAUAUAAAGGAGGCGAUUACCCCUCCAUCAGAGAUCAUGCUUUCUUUCACGGCUUUGACUGGGACAGAGUGGAGGCUUUGGAAAUGGACCGUCCACCUUAA